ACACUUUUUUUUAACCAAUCAAACAAUUUAAUGUAAUUUUUGGUAGCCUACUAAAUUAAUGUGACUGCAAUGUAAAAAGAUUAAACUAAAACUUAUCCAUUACCCCUUGGAAGCUCUCUCUCUAUCUAUAACCACUUUAUAGCCCUUCCUUCUUCACACACUCAGUCACAUACUCACCAAACAGAGUAAAAAGCCACACAUAAAAAAAGAAGAAGCAAUCAUGGCAAUUUCAUCUUCGUGUUCAUCCACUAAAGCCGUCGUCAACUCACGGUGGACAUCUCCGACACCGCAGCCCUCUUUUAGAUUGGCCAUCCUCCCAACCUUCCUCCACCGCCGUUACUCGACUAACGUCAAGUUAACGGCCACAAGCGCCGCCUUAAAAACCGUCGAGCAAACGACGUUAACAGAGGACAGUAAUUUUUCCACCGCCGGAUCUGAUUAUGAUCAAGAAAAUUCAACGUUUCCAAAGCCGAGGAUCCUCGUCGCGGAGAAACUCGGAGAAGCCGGCGUGAAUCUUCUCCGGGAAUUCGGAGAGGUUGACUGCUCCUACGAGCUCUCACCGGAGGAUCUGAAGAAGAAGGUGGCGGAGAGUGACGCUCUGAUCGUGAGAAGCGGAACAAAAGUGACGAGGGAAGUGUUUGAGGCGGCGAAGGGGAAGUUGAAAGUGGUCGGAAGAGCCGGAGUCGGGAUUGACAAUGUUGAUCUUCAAGCUGCAACGGAGCACGGAUGCUUGGUGGUUAAUGCUCCCACAGCUAAUACAGUGGCUGCUGCCGAACAUGGAAUAGCUUUGCUUGCUUCUAUGGCACGUAACGUCGCUCAGGCCGACGCUUCUAUUAAAGCCGGAAAAUGGGAGAGGAGCAAGUACGUGGGCGUAUCACUCGUCGGAAAAACCUUGGCCGUGAUGGGUUUCGGCAAAGUCGGGACGGAGGUGGCGAGACGAGCCAAAGGUUUAGGCAUGAACGUUAUCUCUCACGACCCUUACGCGCCAGCUGACAGAGCCAGAGCUCUCGGUGUCGAUCUUGUCUCCUUCGAUCAAGCUAUUUCCACCGCCGAUUUCGUCUCCUUACACAUGCCUCUAACUCCCGCCACGAAGAAGGUCUUCAACGACGAAACCUUCUCUAAGAUGAAGAAAGGUGUUCGUCUCAUUAACGUCGCCAGAGGCGGUGUUAUCGACGAGGACGCGCUCGUUAGAGCUCUCGAUGCUGGGAUCGUUGCUCAGGCAGCAUUAGAUGUGUUCUGUGAGGAACCACCGUCCAAAGACAGUAAACUUAUUCAACAUGAAAAUGUUACUGUCACACCUCAUCUCGGAGCUAGCACAAAAGAAGCUCAGGAAGGUGUAGCCAUUGAGAUAGCAGAGGCGGUUGCAGGGGCACUGAAAGGAGAGCUUUCAGCUACUGCAGUCAAUGCUCCAAUGGUUGCUCCUGAGGUCUUAUCUGAGUUGACUCCUUAUAUUGUCUUAGCUGAGAAGAUUGGGAGGUUAGCUGUGCAGUUAGCAUCUGGGGGUAAAGGAGUACAGUCCAUCAGGGUUGUGUAUCGGUCAGCUCGUGACAGAGAUGAUUUGGACACUAGACUACUCCGUGCGAUGAUCACAAAGGGAAUCAUUGAACCGAUCUCAGAUUCAUAUGUCAACCUGGUGAAUGCUGAUUUCAUAGCUAAGCAAAAGGGUCUUCGUAUCAGCGAGGAACGAAUGGUGGUUGAGUCGUCACCAGAGUACCCUGUUGAUUCUAUCCAAGUUCAGAUUCUGAAUGUGGAAUCGAAUUUUGCUGGUGCUGUCUCUGAUUCUGGAGAUAUAAGUAUCGAAGGGAAGGUGAAGUACGGAGUACCGCAUCUAACUUGCGUCGGAUCAUUUGCUGUGGAUGUGAGCCUUGAAGGGAAUCUGAUACUAUGCAGGCAAGUGGAUCAACCAGGGAUGAUUGGACAGGUUGGUAACAUACUUGGGGAGCAAAACGUGAAUGUGAAUUUCAUGAGUGUUGGAAGAACAGUUGUGAGGAAACAAGCUAUAAUGGCAAUAGGAGUUGAUGAAGAACCAGACAACAAAACACUCGAGAGGAUUGGAGGUGUCUCAGCGAUUGAAGAGUUUGUGUUUCUGAAACUAUAAAGUUUGAUGUAUGAGAAUAAAACUAUGACCCGGUUUAAGGUGUUUUAUCCAGCUGUAGAGGCAUUGUGAGUGAGCGUGAGUCUCUUGGUACCUUUUUAUAUUGUUCUUGAUUUGCUUUCUAAUGGUAUGUCAUGUUCGUUUUUGGGGCUAA